AUGAAGCGGAGGAUGUCGAAGGACGCUCUCGCUCUCGCCAGCCACCCCUUACCCGCGUGCGAGCUGCAGCUGUGCACGAGGAGACGCCUGCUGUAUAUCCAGUAUCGCUCUGCCAGUCACUUGCACUACUCCGGCACCGGCGGCGGCAGGCGAUCGCGCGCCGUUGACGACGAGGACGGUGACUUGCCGUGGUGGGAGCAGGACAGGCGUGGAAGCGGAGGACAGCGCGGUUUCGACGACGAUUAUGACAGAGGUGCGAGGAGGAGUAGCUACCGCGACCUCGAUGCGCCGCAAGAUGACCGGGACUACGGCAGGCGAGGCGGAGGUUACCACGGUGGAGGAAGGGAAGACAGGCGUGGCUAUGACGAUCGGGGCGGAUAUUCGAGGGGAGGACGAGGGUAUUACGACCGUGACAGGGACGAUGGGCGAGAUGGCGGACGAAUGCGAGGCGACAGCUUCUCAGGCAGGGACCGCUCGCGCCGAACAAGCAUUCCUCCCGCUCCUCGCUCUGCCUCGUCCGCGCAAGGCUCACCUCCACGACAGCCGCAGCCUCCUCUCGCAGCGCCACCUACGCAGCAGCAGUCGCCGACGCCCGCUGUUCGCCCCGACGUAGAAGAGGGAGAGAUCGAACCCGCACCAGAAGUCGAACUCGACCUUACACCUGCCGUCGAGCCAGACCCUGAAGCGAUUCUCGCCGAGCGCCGCCGCAAGCGCGCCGAGAUCCUCGCCAAGUACGCCUCGACGAACCCGUCCGCCGCCGCUUCGCCAGCAGGUGGUGCGACUCCCGACAUCAAGCGCGAAGCGACAGACGAAGGUACGCCUGGCAGGGAAGGCGUCGAGCGGGCAGCGAAGCGGAUGAGGAUCGGAACAGACUCUCCCGCCAUCUCUUCCGCCGAGCCCUCGACUCGCGCCGUCUCGGUCGUCCCGCCCGAGGACGGCAUAUUCUCGCUCUCGAAAGACGCCUCGACCGCCUCUGCCUCAGCUGCCGAAACCGGUCCCGCCCAAUCUGACGCAGACGAAAUCAACGCGGCCGACUACAACCCAGACGGAGCGGACGACGACAGGCGGCAGAAGCGCGAGUUGGAGAAGGAGCGUGAGCGGAAGGAGCAGGAGGAAGUGAAGAUUGAGAGCGAUGGUGAGGAGAUCGAGACUGAGGAGGAGGAAGAGGAGGAGGACGACGAGGACGACAUGUUCGCGAUCGGAACGGGCGAAGAGAAGAAGCCGAAGAAGGUCGUGAAGAAGAAGGUCAAGAAGAGUGGCCUACCGCUCGUCAACCGCGCCCUCCCCGCUGCACUUCCCUCGAACGCCGCCGCCUCGCUCCUCGCCGACAACUACGACGAUGCGGAAGGCUACUACCGCGUCAUCCUCGGCGAAGCACUUGACAACGGUCGCUAUCAUGUCGUCGCGAAUCUCGGAAAGGGCAUGUUCUCGAAUGUCGUGCGUGCUAGGGAUCUCGGCGAGAAGGGGGAGGGGAAGUACGAGGACGAGGAGGGAGGGCUCGGCGGGAAGGGCGUUGGAGAAGGCGCGAAGAGGGAAGUCGCGAUCAAGAUUGUCAGGAGUCAGGAGAGUAUGUACAAGGCGGGUCUCAAAGAGGCGCAGAUCCUCCGCCGCCUGCGCGACGCCGACCCGGAGGACAAGAAGCAUCUCGUUCGCCUCUUGCGGACAUUCGAGCACCGUGGUCACCUGUGCUUGGUGUUCGAGUCGCUGAGCAUGAACCUCCGCGAAGUCGUCAAGCGUUACGGCAAGGAUGUUGGCCUCAACUUGCGAGCCGUUCGCGCCUAUGCCAGCCAGAUGUUCCUCGCGCUUGCACUCAUGCGCAAGUGCGAGAUCAUGCACGCCGAUCUGAAGCCGGACAACAUCCUCGUCAACGAGUCCAAGUCGACGCUCAAGGUGUCCGACCUGGGUUCCGCUUCGGAUGUCACGGAGAAUGAUAUCACGCCCUACCUCGUCUCUCGCUUCUACCGCGCUCCCGAGAUUAUCCUCGGUCUCCCCUACGACUACUCGCUCGACGUCUGGUCGAUCGCCUGCACGCUCUAUGAGCUGUACACCGGCAAGAUUCUCUUCCCUGGUCGCACGAACAACCACAUGCUCUUGCUCAUCAUGGAGACCAAGGGCAAGUUCAACCACAAGCUGAUCCGGAAAGGUCGCUUCCACGACCAGCACUUCGAUGAAGGCAUGACCUUCCAGUACACGGAGAAGAACGACACGGUGACGCCUCGCCAGAUUCCGUCCAAGCCGCCGUCCGACAUUCGUUCACGCUUGUUGCCGCCAGGCGUCGCGCGACGCCUCAAGGAGGACGAGGCUCGCCUGCUCGGUCAUUUUGUCGACCUCCUCGACAAGAUGCUGAGCCUUGAGCCAGCGCGGCGGCCCACACCCAAGGAGCUGCUCAAUCACCCGUUCAUUCGAGGCUGA